AUGUAUAUGAGAAGGCGCUUCAUCGUGCUUUCGCAGCCUUGUCCGUGUUCGAGGCUGUUCUGCGUGCGUGUUCCGAGACGCCUGCUGCCUUUCGCGCCGUCGGCGCUUGUCGCCGCUACGGUCGCCAAGGCUCGAGGUCACUUCUACGCGGCGGCCGCCACACAGGGCUUCCUGGUCACGGUCAUCGCGGAGGCGGUUUGCCCCAGCGACGAUGCUGGAAUCUCCGCCUGGCAGGGUUGCGCGAGCCACGCCAUCUGGACGCUCGUGGCCUUGCAAGUGGACGUGCUGCGCUUCGACAUCGACACAGUGUACCCGACGGCGGCCGCCUGCUACGCGGCCGCAGUCGUCUGCCUAUUACUGGUCGGCCGUUCGGGCAGAAGGCGCUGCUGCUCGUCCUUCGCGAAGAGGGCGUUCGAGAAACGGGAUACGGCGGAGAGCAGCGACGAAGAGGACGACGACAGUGACUCCUCGUCCAGCUGUCGCGAUGCGUCACCGUCGCCGCGUUUUUACGGCCAGUCUCUUAAGGCCAGGCUCGUGUGGCUGACCUUCUACUCGGAGAGCACCAGUCGCGUCGCCAUGAGCGUCAGCAGCGUCUCCAUUCAGACGACCGCCAUCUUGGCCCGCGUCGCCUUCCCGGCGGUGGUGGAGAUACCGUGCUUCCAAUACGUGUCUUCUUUGCCAGCGCUGCUCGUUGCGAGGCUGUGUCUGGAGCAGCUGGCCGCCUGCCAGGCCGUGCGCUGGCCCCAGCCGUGCGGCCGCUGGAUGUUCCUCUUCAGUGGCUACACGGUGUGCUCCAUGGUGCUGCUGCUGCACUUCCAGACGUACAUCCAUCAGGAGGACCUGUGCGCGCUGCACAUGAUGCUCGCCUACUCCGCGUCAAUGUCAUCAGCCGCCGGGGCCGCGAGGCCCGCCUGGGAGACGCACCUGGCAGGCUUGAUAUCGGCCGCCAUACUGGCGUUGCCUGCCGGUCAGCUGGGUCAGUUCGACUCCGCUCUCGCCUGGGCGUCGCUGGCUCUUAUGCUGGGCUGCUUCGCGGCCACCGCCUCCUUUGCGUCGUCUGCUUUGAAGCCCGCCGGAGUGAGCGUCAGCGUUAGGCGCAGGCGGUUACGUCGCUGACGCUUCUCCCGUCAACGCUGACUCGGUGUUCACCUUCGAGUAACUUGCUUGAGAAUAGUUUGCCGCCGAGAAAACGGCAACUGUGAGAUCUUUGUCGUUGUUGUUGUUAUUAAAUAUUUGAAAUACCUG